AUGUCAGACUUGGAGAUGAGUCAUGAAGAGCUAAGGGAGGCACUAGCUAAAUCUAGGGAGGAACUAGCAAUUUGUAGGGGGGAAGUAGCUCAAUCCGAGGCGAGGCAUAGGGAGGAAAUGGCUGAAGCUGAAGCGAGGGCCCAAGCACGGAUGGCUGAAAUGAUGGCGUCGAUGAAAACCAUGUUUGCUUCACUUAGCCAGGGGAUACAUGAUUUGGGUCAUUCUCAGAAGAUUGUUGAAGUGGGGCUAGGGGUAGGGGAGGGAGGGACUAUACGCCCUCAGCUGUCAGCGACUCAGCGUAGUACAGGCCACCUGGCUAAGGGAUGGCAGUCCCCCGGUUGUGCACAGGGGGAGGCAGAAGACUAUUCUGCUGUAAACCUAACAAAGGAACAUUGUUGUGGGUACUGGUUCUUGGACCAGGGAUAUAGGUACCCGGAUUGGGUGCAGAUGGAGGGACUUGGAGUCGUAAAGGAGAGAAAUUGUGUCCGGCAAAGUGUAAGACUUUUAAGAGGACCUCUUGUAUACAUAUACUUGAAGCACUCCUAUGAUAAGGACCAAUUAAGAAGUAGGUGGGAUGUAUUAAAAGGUGAUUGGAAAGUGUGGGAACAAUUGAGAAAUCUUGACACAGGAUUAGGUUGGGAUGCAGUGAAGGGAACGAUUGCUGCUACUGAUGAUUGGUGGGGCCUGAAGUUGAAGGAAUUACCCAAAGCUAAAAAAUUUCAAGAGAAAGGUCCACAGAAUCUAGAACAACUUGAUAUAAUGUUUAGGGAUGUUGCAGCAACUGGGGUAGCUGCAUGGACCCCUUCUUCAAAUACACUCCCUCCAACAAUGCCAGAAGAGGGUGUUGGUGAUUCAGAUGGUAACUCCGAAUUUAAGGAUAACCAAUGUGACAUGAAUUUAGACAUUGAUAGUUUGCAGCAAGGACAUACUAGUCAGUCACGUAGUUCAGGACAAAAGCGAACUAGUGAAUCAAUACCCUCACAGAAGAAAAAGAAGAAGAUAAGAGGAGCUGCAAUGUUGGACGAUCGUAUUAGUCAAUUAAUAACUAUAUGUCAAAAUAGGUUUGAACGUACUUCUCAAGAGUCACCAAGUUCAAUUAAUAAUGUCAUGACGAUUGUGAGAGCACUUCCUGGAGUGGAAAAUACGUUUGUGGUUCAAGCUUCCUAUAUCUUACUAAAAAGGUCACAUAGAGAGAUGUUCCUUACUUUCAAGGACCCAGAGUCACAGUUGGAGUGGCUACAAGAAAUGAUUUAUAACCAAAAGAAGUGACCAACCUUAUGUGGUAUUAACUAUGUUAUAUUAACUUUAAACUAAGUUAGCUAUGUUGUAUUAACUUUAAACUAAGUUAUGUGAUAUUUAGUAUUAGUUUUGGACUAAUAUAUGUGUAAUGUAAAUACAUUUGAAAUUUUCAUUAUAGUGUUAUGUACUUGAUGUUCUGAAUU